AACAAAACAAUAUUUGAUCAUCAAAUAACGCCAAAUAAAACGCUUCACACUUUUGCUCCCCGUGUUUCUGCACUCAAAACAGAACAUAACAUAGUCCCACAAGACUCUGUUUUUUUUCUUUCUUGGAGAUAUUUAUUGCAAGUGUGUUAGAUUUUUUUUUAUGUUGUUGUUGAAUGGGAAUAUUGGAAUUAAAGAUAGGGUGAUGAGGAAGUCUUUCAAAGAUUCACUUAAAGCACUUGAAGCUGAUAUUCAACAUGCCAACACUCUGGCUUCGGAUUAUCCAAGAGAAUAUGAUGGUGCCAGCCUUCAGAUGAGACUGUCAUACAGUCCUUGUGCUCAGUUCUUUCUGUUUCUUGUUCAGUGGACUGACUGUCACUUUGCUGGUGCUCUUGGAUUGCUUAGAAUCCUUAUUUAUAAGGUAACUUUCCCAUUUUUCUUGUUGCGUCGUCUUUCAGUGUUUCUUGGUCACGAAAGCUUCCUCAUGAUGUUAUUGCAGGCUUAUGAGGAUGGUAAGACAAGCAUGUAUAUUCAUGAGAGAAAAGCUAGUAUAAAACAGUUCUAUGGUAUGAUAUUUCCCUCUUUGCUGCAACUUCAAAGGGGGAUCACUGAAAUUGAUGAGAGGAAGCAGCGAGAGAUAUGCGCAACCAAAUUCAAAAAAGGUGAUGCGAUGAACAAAGGUAAGCUGUCUGAAAUCGAAAUAGAGAGGGAGGAGGAAUGUGGUAUCUGCAUGGAGAUGGAUACGAAGGUUGUCUUACCAUCCUGCAAUCACUCUUUGUGCAUGAAGUGUUAUAGAAACUGGCGUGCCCGAUCUCAGUCGUGCCCUUUCUGUCGAGAUAGUCUCAAAAGAGUGGAUUCUGGAGAACUUUGGAUAUACACCAACAUAUGUGAUAUCAAGGACUUGUGCACAAUAACAAGGGAAAAUAUGAAGAGGCUUCUCAUGUACAUCGAAAAAUUGCCUGUCGUCUAUCCGGAUCCAACAGUUGUCUCUUAUCAGCCUCAUUAUUGAUGAAGAAUACUAUAGAUUAGGUAGGUUGUGCAUACAAGGCAUUCUGUUUGUGUAUAAAUUCUUUUUUUAACAUUUAAAUGUGUACAGUUUGCUGGUCAUUGCCAGCAAGUCUAGAUAUGUUGAUUGCACCAUAUUUUUCGCAUUCUUAAAGGAAGCAUUUCAUUUGCCUU